GAUUGCGUCCUUCUCACACACAACAAGACAGAUAUUAUUUUCCCGUGUAAGCCUCCCAGUUCAGUAGCAUUGGAAUACAACCGAGUGUUGUUCCGUGGUUAUAACGAAUACCCAUUUUUUUAUUUCCCUUGUUCAAUAAGAUCAAACAUGGUGAAGAUGAUGUUUGCAGCGGUUGUUACAUUAAGCCUUCUCUGUACACACUUGACUUUAGGUCAACGACCCCCCCACCCCGAUGUCGAGUUUGAGGACUACGGCGAGAUGGAGGUCGAGGUCGACCAAAGCGUGACCUUCAAGUGUCUGGUCAAGAACUACCUUGGUCUGAUGACACCCAGGUUCCCGCCCAUCCCAGUCGAGAUUGUGCGGGACAUGGAGCACCAGUUUGAAGAGAGGGUGCUCUCAAGUUUUGACAAAGUCUUCGAGCAGCAGGACAGGUACAGGGUCACUGUCCAGAACAGGUCAAGUACUCUGGAGGUCAAGUUCACAAUUGACCCAGUGAGGAGAGAGGACAGUGGCAUGUACAGAUGUAGGGUAGGUCAACAUCCUCAUCGAUUCUCAUCGGAGGAAGAGAAGACUGUCAUUGAGUUGAAAGUCUCAGACUUUGGUGAGCGUCGAGGCGACCGCCAGGAACAGCACAUGAUCCCUAAAGCCGCCGUCAUCGCCAUCCCUGUGGUGGGCGCUGUUAUCCUGAUAGUGGUCAUCGUGGUCGUGUUCUGGAUGGUCAAGGUGCGUCGUGCCAGGGGUCAGGUCGUGGGAGAGAAGGGCGUGGUCGCCACCUACCCCCUGUCUUUCGUCGAGACGGACAAGGACUGCAAGAAAACCCCCAUCUUGGAUUUCGUGAACUCCGGCUCCAACCUGUACACAACCCCCGGCUCCAACCUGUACACAACCCCCGGGUUCAACCAAUACCCACCCGCCUACGGCACUGAGAACGAGAAAGCUGGGGUGCCACCCCCUUAUUACGGCAUGGCUGUUGGCCCCAGCGCCCCAGUCUACACCACUGCGGCCGCCAUGUCCCCUGCCCAGGUGGAAGCCCUAGCUCCCCCACCCUACCCAACUAAGGAGCUGUCAAUGUAAAGGAUAUUAUGAUGCAAGUUCUACAACUCCUGUGCCAGAACUCCCAGAGUUAACUCCUUUCCACUUACAUGUUUGUUGCAAAGAGAUAAAAGCUCACAGUUUUAAAAUACAUUAUUUUCGUGAAAAUAUCAAUGUUGUUUUUACACUUAGCUUUUAUAUAUCUCAUACUGUACAAUUUUUUUGUGAAAUAUUUUAAAACGCCACUUCACUGUGUAAAGUUUGUAUUUUAAAGUUAACUUCUGUAUCUAAUUUAGUUUGUUAUUUUAAUGACUUAAGAUUUUAAAAAAUCAAAACAACAAAUAUUGUACUCCCGUUAUAUAUUAAAAUUGUAACAUCAAGAAUAUUUUGAAGUUCUUAAUUAGAUUAACAUAAGUUAUAAUUAAAACUUUCGCCAGUGUAAAUAUUAAAUUUUACAGUAGAUGCUAAUACCCGUGUGUGUCAAAUUAAACAUUAGUACCGUAAAUGCUAAAAUUUUACUGAAAUUAUAGAAUAUCUUUUUAACAUUGUUAUAAAAUAUGCAUUUCUGUUCUAUUUCUACAUACUUUCUUAUAUUUUAAACAAUUCCUUUAUCCUUAUCCUAAACACAUUUGCUGAAGUCUCACAGCUAAAGAUAUUAAAUAAAACGUCAUACAAUUCUGAUAUUGUUUAAAUAAAACUCUAUAUCAAAAUGGAAAUAAAAAUGUGUUUACUC